GUAAGUUGAUAUUGGAAAUUUCUAACAAGAAAGCUUUAAUUUUCCUCUGCUGUCUGUAGAGAAACGUGUGCAUUCACGCUGGUGCUGUUUAUGCAGGGUAGAUCAAGCCGUGGCUGGUUUGCUCUUAACACAAACACUUGGCCACGGAGCCUCCUUUGCCACUUGGUGCCCACCUCAUGCACUGCAAUGCACUGCCCUAAAUGAGAGGUUUUAUUUCUCCCCUCAGCCUGAAGUCCCCAAGGAUACCUUGUAGGUUUCUCUUUUUAGACUUAUUUUCCUUUUUUUUCUACUUGUUUUUGUGUGGAAAAUCCCAGUCAAGGUAAUGGUAAAUGUCCUGCCAUUCACAUGACUGUGGAAAAUAAGUGUGCUAAGGCCUAACUUACAUGGUAGCUUUGCAUGAUGUUUAGCUGAUGUCUCAGGGAACAGUUUUUAUGUAGGCUGAUAACCUGACUUUGUUUUAAUCUCUUUUUUUUAGCAUAUAAGGUGUGUGGUUCAUAAGUGCUUUCUGGAUUUUUAGUGGUAUGAUCUAAAUUCUGCGAGCUAAUUUUGGACUGCUCUACACCAUGUUACAAGUACACAAAAGCCUGUUAGUUUUGAGCUCAGCUGGGAAGCAGGAAAGGAACAGCUCAGUUGCUAAAUGAAAAUGCAGAAAUGCAAGCAGGGAAAAUGUGCAAUAAUUUGUCAAACCUUGAGGACCUCACUCCGCUCCUGAGAAUUUGUAGAUAAUGGACGAGUAGAGAAGAUGUACUGUUCUUAAUACUGAAAUACCCUGGUUUCUGUGUUUAGUGUGAAGGCAUGGUAGUGGCAUGUGCAGAUUGUGUUCUCAGGUCACCUUCUGUGACAAAUAGGGCUCUUUUCUGUAGCAGGAGUCAUUUGGAUCAGUAGGGAUGGAGGAAAUAGGUGCUCCAAAAAGCAAAGCGAUUGCUGCAGAAAAAUUUGAAUUUAAGACAAAACUACUUGUGUCGUAUUUUCAGAGCAUAAAGAACUGAAAUUGGGAGUGUUUAUGUAUUCAUUACAUGAUGGGAAACCAUGAAACGUUCAUCACAUCAGCUCCAAAGUACCAAUGAAAUUUCUUCUGUGACAAUCAGCUGGAGUGUUCCCCUUUUUAUACACCUCAUCCUUUCCUUGUUUUUUGUCGCUGCAAAUGUGAUUUGAAAAAGAUCUGGGUUUUCUGUGCUGUGAACUGUCAUGAGCCCCCAAGGCAGGCAGAGACAGACGGGCAGAGGCUUGCAGGGUGAGGUAGUGCCUGAGCAGUUGAGAUCCGAGGAGGAUGCUGGCAUUGCCUGGCAAAGGCGGCUCUCCUGGAACACUUGGAGACUUUGACAGCAGUUCUGAGACCACCCAUGGCUCCCAGGCCAGCUCUCAGUGAAAUUUCUGAGUUGUUCUGUGCUUUGAAGAGUUUCAAGGAUUCCUGCUGAUGCUUUUCCUGAGGGAAGCCAUGCCCUACCACAGAGUCCUUUGCCUGGUCCUGCUAACACUGUGCAGCAUCCUGGUCCCUGCUGUGCUGGCAGAGUACCCGCAGGACUCGGUCCCCACCCUCUGGAACGAGCCACCCGAGGUGCCCUCCGGAAGCGGUCCCUUCGAUGCCACCACCACCGCCCGCCCGUUGGACGCCACUGCCUUCCCCCCAUACACCUCCGAGCUGGAGCCCGAGGACACCACCCACCUGCACCGGCUGGACGCCGGGGAUGACUCACUGGGGCCUGGAGCUAUUGGUGCCAUUGUCAUCGCCUCCCUCCUGGGUACAUCCGUGCUUGUAGCCUUGGUCAUCAUCACACUGCGAAAGUUCUCGGCUUCCUGAACUCAAUAAAAAAUGUUUCUGUUACACAACUGGCCUGUCUCCAGCCCUUGACUGCUUCUGAGCUGUCUGCCUGGGACCCUGGGGGCAGUGAUGUCACGGAUAAGGGCAAAGCAUUGCAGGCCCUGUGCUGGGCAGCCAGGCUGCAUCCAGUGCUCACUGCCCUUGGGGUGUGUGUGUGUCUCCUGGUGACACAGAGCUGGCAGGGCCUGUCAGCCUCACUCAGGAGGAACCUGUGGCAGUGCAUGGCUUUGAGCUGAGAGUUCAAAAAGGCCCUUCUGGGUCUGGGUGAUUGUAACAGUGUUGGGCAUCACACUGCACAGCUUUGUAGGGAAGGGCUGUUCAUGGGUAUAAACCACCCCAAGUUCAUGUACAACCCC